ACAAUGAAAUUUCCAUUAUAGUUGAUGUUUCCUGGAUGUAACAUUUUGCACGUAUUCUUCUAAUAGUAAUUCAUCCAGCCAACAGUUUCGCCCAAAAUAAUUAGCUUUAAUGCAUAUUUUUGGAAAAGUGCGUAACAUCGGGUCACACGCGAAAAAAAUCUAGCAGAAAACGCAUACAGCUUGCGUUUAAAUAUGCAAAAACAUUACUAACACAAUCAAAUUCGGCAUUCUGUUGAGUGCGUAAUCAGCUUGUAAAUAUUUACUUAAGACGGACAUAAUGAAAGAAUAUCUAUUUGCAUGAUACAAUUCUGUGGAAGCUGUGGGUGGUGAUGUGAUAGUUCUGAGUAUUAAGAAUGAACAGUGCCCGAUUUGUUAUGCUCCCUGUGGAAGGAUUGCUUUGAGAAAUAGUGUAAAGCAAAGUGUGGACCUACAAAAACAUUCCUUUCCCGUUUAAGUAUCGUAGUAAAAACCGUUAGUUGCAGUUAUAUUUUCCGGAAGUGACCAUUGUUUUAGUCGAAAAUAAAAAACGAGGAUGGCGUACCAUAAACCAACAGAUAUAGAUGGAUUUGUCACUCAGAUGGCGAAGGCAGACAUGAGAAUUAAAGCGCAAUUAGCAGAAGAUUUAGUGCUGUAUUUGACUGAUUCAGAGAAUUCAAUAGAAUGUGUAGAUCUCGGGCUUCUCAUAGAUGGAUUGAUACCAUGGAUGAUUGGCAGCCACUUUAAGAUUGCUCAACGUGCUUUGGAGGCCUUUACCGAACUGAUCGUUCGUCUGGGACAAGAUUUCAACGCUUACACUUCAACAAUUCUACCACACGUUGUAGAUCGGCUUGGGGAUAGCCGCGAUACAGUGCGAGAGAAAGCACAAUUAUUACUGCACAAAUUAAUGGAAUGCCGAGUAGUACCUCCACAAAUGCUGCUAGACAAAUUGAUUGUCUGUUUCAAACAUAAGAAUGCGAAAAUCAGAGAGGAAUUUUUACAAACCAUUAUAAAUGCUCUGAACGAGUAUGGUACUCAAUCAUUGUCGGUAAAGACGUAUAUACAACCAAUAGUGGUACUUCUAGGAGAUCCAACUCCAACAGUACGAGAUGCGGCAAUUCAGACUCUAGUUGAGAUUUACAAACACGUUGGGGAUAAGUUACGGAUCGAUCUAAGAAAAAAAGAAGUUCCAGCAGCCAAGCUAACAAUUUUGGAACAAAAAUUUGAUGAAGCUCGAAACGAUGGUUUGCUUUUACCAUCGGCAUCGAAUUCAGCUGUUAGUAAUGAUGAUGUCGAUACAGCUGUCGUUGCAAGGCCAACACGGUUGGUCAAACGUACCCCAUCUGCAACUCCUCGCAAACCAUUGUUCGAUACCCAAGGAUCUGGUGAUUUACUGGCAGCAGGCGCCGUAUCGUGGGAGAUAUUUGAAAAUUCGUUUGAAAACGUUCCCCAGCUCACAAUAUUUUCACAGCGUGAUAUGGAUGACCACAUGAAAUCUAUUAAUGUUUUAAUCGGCGAUAAAAACGUUGAUUGGGAAAAGCGUGUGGAUGCUCUGAAGAAAAUUCGUUCACUCCUAAUGAUUAACGUGCAAAAUUCGCCCACAUUCACUCAGCAGCUAAAAGACUUAUCUAUUGCAUUCCUUGAUAUAUUAAAAGAACUCAGAUCGCAAGUAAUACGAGAAGCAUGCAUUACAUUGGCAUAUAUGUGCAAAGUAUUAAAAAAUCGAAUGGAUCAAUUUGCCAUUUACAUUCUGCAAGAACUUAUAAACCUGAUUCAAAACUCGGCCAAGGUUAUAUCAUCUGCAGGAACCAUCGCUCUUAAAUAUGUUAUAAAGUAUAUACACGCUCCGAAAAUUGUGCCAAUUAUCACCCAGAAUCUCAUGCAGUCCAAAUCUAAAGAUAUUCGUAGUACAUUAAGUGAAAUAAUGAACCUUCUAUUCGAAGAAUGGCCUCCUAAGGCUCUGGAAAGAAAUAAUAUGCUUUUGAAAGAUGCCCUGCGAAAGGGUAUUGCCGACGCUGACAGUGAAGCAAGAAGACAUAGCCGAUGUGCAUUUUGGAAUUUCCGAAGAAUUUUUCCGGAGGUCGCUGACAGUCUUUAUUCAUCAUUGGAUCCGGCAACUCAACGUACUAUGGAGAAAGAUCGCGACAAUAUUGGAACUAAUGGUACCAACUCUAUGAGUGUUAGUCUGCGUGGCAGCAAUACUAGUUUAAAUUCUGUCCCUGGUGGGGUGAUAAAACGCAGACAAUCUUCAGGACUCAGAAGUCCAGCAUCUGCGCAAACUCCAGUAAGUGCGACUAGUGUUAGCACAGAGAAUUUAACAUCUGCCAAUAGUGGUUCAAACCGGUUGCAGCGGACACCAUCAUUACCGCGGUCCUAUUCGAGAAAUCGUAGUGGAAUACCUGUUGCAUAUAGAGAACAACCUCCAACGAUGUCGAUACGAGCUGGUUUACGAAGUGUUUCUGCUGUUGAUACUGCUGCCGCCCAAAGAGCGCGCGCAAGGGCACAAUAUUCUAACAUGGCACGCAUGAAAAUCUCUUCAGGGACCGCAUCUCUACAAGGCCAAUAUGCUCAACAAGCACGUGCUAAAAAAAUGACAACAUCCACAGCAACACCGCAACAACCUCCAACACCAGAACGUAGAAUUCGGUCAAGAUCGGGCGUGUCACAAUCUCAGCCUACAUCUAGAAGUACGUCACCUUCCAAUAAACUGCGUGAUAAUUUCGGCAUUCCUUCUGUAUAUAAACAGACUGGAACUGUUCCCAAAAAAUCAUCGGGUAUCCCUCGAUCUCUAGCGAACUCUCGUGAAACGAGCCCAACAAGGACAACACAAUUUGGAUCUCUCCGUCGUAAUGUUUAUGGUACUAAUAGUCCCAGACGACCCCCUGUGAACCCUGGAAGACCGGUAUUAGCUCAAAAAAUAUUACAACAGAGCAGAGAGGCUGAAAAUGCUUUAGCCGAUGCUCUCUCGCCAGAAGACCACGAAUUAUCAUCGGACUUCAAUCGUUUAGGACUACACAGGAAAAUAUCACGUGAUGAAUCAGAUGAAAGUGAGGCAUCUUCUGUUUGUUCAGAGCGUAGUUUCGACUCAUAUAGAAGAGGGAAUGAUUCAUUUUCGUGGAAUGGAUCCAGAACUCGUCUCGACAGUUCACGACAGGCAAUCGAGGAUAUUGAAACUAUAAUUCAAUUUUGUGCUUCUACACACUGGUCGGAGCGGAAGGAUGGACUUAUCAAUUUGACACAAUAUCUCAGUGAUGGGAAAAUGUUAACUUCACAACAAUUACAGUGUGUACUGGAAUUGUUUCGCAAAAUGUUUAUGGAUCCUCAUAUCAAAGUGUAUGCUUUGUUUUUGGAUACCGUGAAUGAACUCAUUCUGUCCCACUCGAACGAUCUACAUGAUUGGCUUUUCAUUUUGUUGACGAGACUUUUCCAAAAGUUGGGUGGAGAUCUACUUGGUUCCAUGCAUGGCAAAAUUUGGAAAACACUACAGCUGAUCUAUGAGUAUUUCCCAGCAGAUCUUCAGAUGCAAUGUGUCUUCAGAAUUCUUAUUGACGCUGCUCAGACACCAAAUACUAAAACACGCCAGGCAACGUUAAAGUUUUUGACAACGCUUGCAACGACUUAUUGCACUGCUGCACAAUUUGUGAUACAUAGCCAAAUCCAACAGUUGGUUGAUCGAGCAAUAUUGAAAAUCAUUCAAACGGCUCUCGAUCAAAAAAGCCUUGAAUUAAAAUCUCAGGCACGAUCCUGCAUAGUCGCGUUGUACAACUGCAAUCCAUCACAAAUGACGAUUACGUUAGCAAAUCUUCCAAAACAAUAUCAAGAUACAGCAAAAGCAAUCAUUCAACAACAUAUGAGACGAAGUACCUCAGGAACAGAUAGCCCUUCAUCACCAUUAUCGUCUUCAAGUCCUAAGCCAUUGCUAAGUCCUCAGCAAGGACCAUAUAGUUUACAAAAUGUUACUAUACCACGAUCGCGUCAAACCUCUAUGGAAGUAACGGAUUCUAUGAAUACAGAAGAGAUUUAUAAGAAUCUUCGAAAGACAACAGCCGAAAUACAAAACUACAGCUUCGAAACAAAAUUGGAUCGAGAUGCAAAUAGCAAAGAUUCAGGUAUAAGCCAAAUGGGAGAAAUACAAAUGCAAAACAUCGAUGCUUACUCGUUAGCUCCUAAUGGACUCAACGGUCACCUGGGUUUGGAGAAGGAUGAUUCAUGUAAUGGGUCGAAAACACAGUCUGCCACUACUACCGAAUCAAACACACCUGAAAACACGGUACGACUCGAUGGAAUUGAUAUAGGACACAAAAGUCUUGCCCAGCAACAACGACAUCAUAGUUAUACCUACAUGGAUACUGGAGAACUGAUAGUCGAGAGUGGCAUCAAAGAAAAUGAUAUCAUAAAAGUGGCGAUAGUGUUAUCUCAUGACACGAAUCCUGAAAAAAUAGUACAAGUACUGGAAAACCUGCAAACAUGUAUUAGGUACGGCAAUUGCGAGCUACCCAUCAAAAAUUUCAAAGCCAUUAUGAAAAUGUUGCUAAAUUUAAUGGAAUCACAGAACAACACGGUUUUGAUUGCAGCUCUACAUACGCUAGGUCGAAUCGUGCGCAGCUCGGAAAUGAAAUCAUGUUGGAGCAAUUUUCUGGAGCUCAUACUACUAAAAAUUAUCGACUGCUAUAAAAUCAGUAAAGAGGUGUCCCGUGAGAUUGAUAUAAUCGUAGUAAAAAUAGCAAAUAUUUUACCACUCGAUGUUUCUGUAAAUAUUCUGAACCCAGUAAUUGCAACUGGUGACUUUCCUGCAAAUCUAUGCGCACUUAAAAUUUUAACAGAAUUAGCGCACAAGCAAGGAAAAGAUUUAACGGAUAUUCACUUAGAUAACAUUAUGCCAAACAUAGCUAGACUUGCAGAUGACAGUCAAUCGAUGGUUAGAAAAGCUGCUGUUUUUUGUAUGGUUAAACUGUACAUCGUUAUGGGCGAGGAAAAAGUAAAACCGAAAUUUGCCCUUCUCAAUGCGAGUAAAAUAAGGUUACUGAACGUUUACAUCGCGAAAUCAUUAGGCAGCAAUAGUAAGGGACCGACGUCAUGAUCUAAGAAUGCCAUGUGAUUGUUAUUCAAAGGACGCAAGUUUGCUAAACUGCUGUGUAAAUUUGGUAGAAAUAUUUCGGUUAUUUAUGAAUAAUAUUUAUUGGUGAUCAUUCGUAUUUAAUUGCAAUUUGGUUUAUUUUUGCCUUCGAGCUUAGAAAGCUUGCGAUAUAUUUCAGUAACAACCUAACGUGAACGUAAUUAUAUUGGAAUUUUAUUAAUACAAUAUGACUAAACAAGCUCCAAAUUUUAUUACUGUUUCUACACAAUUGGUUACAAAGAUUGGAAUUUCCAAGUCAGCUUAUUACAUGUUUGAAUGUUAUUUGUUCAACGAAAUGCUUAUGACUAUAUACAAAUAAUUAUAAUGAAGCUUAAUCACCCUAAUUACAUUGAGUAUGCUAUUGCUUCUACGAAACCGGUCAUUUUGAAAACGAAAAUGUAAAGACAAUUUCGAUUUUAUACAUGUUUUUAUUACUAUCGUAAACAUCUCGUUGCUAUUGAUAGGAACAACAGAAAAAAAUUAUUAGUAUAUUUUAAUAAUAUAAUUGUUAAUAACAAUGAUACACGCAAAAUCAAUCAUGAUAAUUUAUGUUAGACUGCUGUCGGUAGCCGGAUUGGCUUCCUAACUCUUUUACAAUUAUUAAGUUCACUGAUUGUUGCCGAAUUUUCAUAAAUCUUUUUCUUUGUAAUGCAGAUGAAGUAGCUUUGGUUCAUGAAUAUAAUUUCCGACGGCUAUCCGACAUUUCUAGUCGCCUGUCAAUAAGGCAUUAUUAACUAUACUAAAAAUAAAGGAUACUAAAAUGAAGUUAUUAAA